GGGGAGGAUCGGACUUGUAAAUAGCACGGACAGAAUAGAUUCAAGUCUGAACGGAGAUUCGACGUCGCAAAUCAAUUAGCGAUCUACGAUAUCUACAAUCUAUUCGCGAUAAGUUCUCCCACUGUCGUUGAAGAAGAUAGCGCACGUGCGUACGUCCGGGCAUCGAAGCAGCACGUCGCGUCUAUGCACAUGAGCGGAUUAAGCACCGACAGACGAACCGAACCGAGGCUUCUUUUAUCAGUCAACCACAACCGAGUGAGGCAAACGGUUCGGUCCGCGGUGGUGCAUUUACCAGAGACGAAGCUUCCUUUUCACGGUUCGCGUUACCCACCUUACCUUACGUAUCAUUUCGCGACGCUGCGCUGGAUCUUGAUCGCCCACCGUCCAUCAGGCUGUCCCGCCUCGAGCCGGCUAGAUCAAACUUUCAUCCCAAACCGGCCACUUCCGAGCAACGGAAGGAUUUUUGUCGGAAAUCGCGCGAUCAUUCGAGAACAUCGAAGCAGCUCGAGUCAGAAGUGGCAGGGUCAAUCGAACAUCAAGGAACAAUAAACGUUUUACUAGGAAACGUCGACACGCUGGCGCGAAUUCCUCGAUACAUCGUUACUACAUCGAGACUGACCGAAAUAGGCAGAUCCGACGUGAAAUUAUCACAAGUCGAUCCUGUACACGGCCAAUUUCGACGGGGACACUACUUCAAGAUCGUACGCCAGCACCGAACCCGGUAUGGUCGUUUUUCCGGACUCGUCGACUGAAUCGGCGUUUUUGGCCGUAAAUGCUAUAAAGUUAAACAACCGUGCGGAUCAUGAGCAAUUACCAAACAUGCCAAACGACACGAGAGUUAAGGAUCACGCGUUCACCAUAUCGCGCGGUAACGCGUGGAACGGCAAGGAUAACUAUGCGUUGGAUUUCGACUGCAUGGAGAAGGCAGGCGACGAGAAACUGCACGCAUUGGCGGACAUUAAAGCGGAACCGGACAUUGUGAAAAAAGUGGCAGCGGGUUUGAAAACCCCUAACGGCCAAAAGAACAAAGCGGACAUGUCACUGCCCAAGCUUGGUGGUGGAUCGCUUUCAAGUGGAAGUUCCUUAGUGACGAUCUCUUCCAUCGCAAAUUCAGAUCCUGAUCCUGAUUUUCAUAAUCACCCGGCUGGAUUCGGCAACAACACCCACGCGAACGAGAGAUGGUAUCAGACAACCCUACAAGUCGCUGUGCCAUUUUUCGUCGCCGGGAUAGGCACCAUCGGAGCGGGUCUGGUUCUCGACGAGGUCAAGGACUGGACAGUGUUCACCACCGUUUCUCAAUUAUUAAUUCUGGUGCCCUCUUUGUUAGGAUUAAAAGGCAAUCUCGACAUGUGCUUGGCCUCCCGCUUGUGUACCCAAGUGAACUUGGGGAACAUGCACGAAUUUCGAGAAAUAGCGAAAAUGAUUAUCGGUAACAUCGCGCUAGUACAAAUACAAGCUAUCGUCGCGUCUAUUUUGGUGUCGAUUUUCGCAGUUGUGGUCGACGCGAUAGCAGAAGGCUCCGCGUAUACAUUCGAGUGGAAACACUGUCUUUUAUUGGCCGCAUCCAGCGUAUCCACCGCCACCAGUUCUUGCUUUAUCCUAGAUUUCGUAAUGAUCGCCGUCAUUAUGCUAUCGUAUCGAUGCAAAAUGAACCCUGACAAUUUGGCGACACCUUUGGCAGCGUCCGUCGGAGACGUGGUAUCGCUUAGCGUACUAUCGGCGAUCGCGUCUUCGUUGUUCGCGAGAUUAGAAACGCAAAUGUGGGUUCUGUACGUAAUACUUGGCUGUUACUUGUUGGUACUGCCAUUUUGGAUCUACGUCGUCCUGAACAACGAAUACACCAGAAACGUUUUAACGUCCGGAUGGGUUCCUGUCUUGUCUGCUCUAUUUAUUAGCGGAUUCGGCGGUUUAAUUCUCGACUACGUUGUUCAUUUCAAUGGAUUCGUGAUCUUUCAACCUAUCAUAAACGGAAUUGGUGGUAAUUUAGUCUCCGUACAAGCAUCUCGGAUCUCCACUACGUUGCAUCAGAUAUCGAUUAUGGGAAUUUUACCUCCGUCUUCGAAAAUGUGGGUUAGCCCGUGGAAGGCUCUCUUCAAAGGCUCGCCGUACGCGAAAACUGCCAGAAUACUCAUUUCCAUGGCGAUAGUCGGCGAAUUGGUCUUCAUCUUUAUCGCGGAUUACAUCAAACACGGAGAAUCCACGAUACAAGCAUAUUUCGCGGUCUCUUACCUCGUGGUGGCCGUUUUGCAAGUCAUGUUACUGCUUUACGUGGCGCAUAUAAUUAUUCACGCUAUGUGGCGGCACAAGAUUGACCCGGAUAAUUCAGCUAUACCGUACCUGACAGCUUUGGGCGACCUUACGGGAACUUUAUUCUUGGCGGUGGCGUUCUGGUUCCUAAGAACCAUUCACGAAGAAUAUGGUCGUGAAUGAUGCGAAAAAACAAGUGCAGCUAUCGAACUGCGCGUCGAUGUUUCUUACGAAGAUAUAGCACAUGAAUUUGAAGGACGUUCAAUGCCGUCGGAGACAAACGUGUCGCGGAGAAAAAAAAAGCGAACGAAGAGGAGGAUUAAUUAAGAGAACGAGUGUCUCGUGAAGCAGAACGUAAGAGAGGAAAUCAAGAUUGUUCUUCUCCUCAUCAAGAGGAUCUUUUAACGGUACGUUAGGCGCGUUCUAGGAAAAAAUGCGACACAUAGUGACCAUAAUCUUGAAAUAACUUGAUUGUACAUGGUACUCUGCCAUGAUAUAAUUUAUUAAUACUUUUUAAUAAUCGUUUAUUACGGAAAGAAAUUUGCGUUGAAUCUGUUGAUCAGUGACUACUUACAAACGCGCGAUUUAUACGUUUUUAUCUAUUUUUAAUUAUAUAAUUUAUGUGUAAUCAUUGGACUGUGGAUUUUAUGCAUUUAUGGCAUACACAAAUAUGAAAAACAUGUUAAACGUAUACAUAUUCCACAUAUUUGUAUAAAAUAAAAUAUUAAUAUAGCUACAUUGUUUUAUAAAAUGAAUUCUGUAUAGGUUUCGUGCGUGAUUUUCAUAUUGCGAUACACCAUAAGUGCACAAAAUGUGCAGACUAAUAAUUAUAGUACAUCUCUGUCGUUAUGUUUGCAAGAGAUUUUAUCGCUCACCAGCAAAGACCAGAUCAGUAUUUUAUCGCUGACUAGUAAUUGUAUCGUGAAAUAAAACUGUAAAGAUGCUGGCAGGAGUAUACACAACGGAAUGGAUAUUUUAAAUCGUGAGAAUUCACCCAGAAUUCUCAAUUCUGUAAAAACGACAAUACUAGAUAAUUGUAGAUACAACUAACUUCAAAACAUUAACGUUACAAGUUUGGAAUAAGUUUUAUACUGCAAUAGAUUUAUAAAAUUAUAGACUGUUAGAAUGGCAUACGCUGCAACGAAACUGUUACAUCCCCAAGCAAUCUAGAUACAAAAGAAUUAACGUUUGGGAAGAGCAUGAAUUUUAUAUAUUACAUAUAUAUUGCAGUGAUGUGUAACGAAUAUUUCGGAGUAACGCGUGAUCUAGCGCAAACUAGAUAUAAUUUAUGCAUGGUACUUGCUCGUAGAAUAACCGAUGAUAAAUAUGAUUCCACAAGUAAUGCCAUAACAUGUAGAUAAUAAUAAAUUAUUUUGUAUAGCAACCUGUGAUUUACGACGAUAUCACUUUUCACAAAAAAUUUGUGAAAUGUUAUGUAUCUACAAUAAAACUACGCAACCUUCAAAUGUGGCGCCGCCAA